UUUUUAUUCGGUCAACGCUGUUACCUGUUGAGGCAUAGAGCUUUCUUUCGAUGGAUUCUGUACUGGGCGAACGGUGACUCGUGUGAUUAGUGUUCGCCGGUUCCUCUCGUGUGGAAUCAUUCAUGAGGGAGAUCCGACGGGCAUGCAAGCGGUAUUCGCGCGCGAACGCGAUCAUUUUAAUCCCGUCCACGCAAGAACGUCAUUCCCCCUGCCACACGCGCGUUUAAUUAAUUGGUCCUAUGCGCGACGGUCCGUAAUCGUCUUACCGCGGAUUAACGAGUCCAGCAUCUGUCACGGCACUUGGAACUUUCGUUCCAUUAUCGUCGCGGACGGUACGUGCGUCGCACCUUCCAGUCGAAAACACCAUGAAGAACGUUAUCCUUCUCGUGGCCGCCGUCUCCAUUGUGACUCGUGCCGACGGCCGGGUUUAUUACCUGGAGAACUUGGACGGUCCGAAUUUAGUCCGAGGCAACGACGCGAUCUACCCGAUCGUGGAGCAGCAGGCCUCCCGCGAUCUCGAUCUGAGCUUCUCCGCGGAAGAUCCGGCUGAAAACGAAAUUGUGUCUCCCACCAAAAAGGUAUACACUUUCGUCGCACCGGAAAGGCCGUACAUCGAGUUAAACAGAGAUGCGGAUCGACCAUAUGCGUAUUAUAAAGUAGCCGAGCCGGCUACCAGGAGAAGCAGCUUCGACGACGUCGUUCUCGUUCCUGUUCCGCAAGGAGGUCGGAAGCUGAUGAAACUGAACGGCAACAAUAAGGGCGAAGUGAUCUUGGAGCUGCGCGUCCUGGCUAAUCACGACAGCGCGUGAUCCGUUGCGUUAAAACUAGGAUUCUCGCUGAUACGAGGCGACGACUGAUAAAGAUCGGACUCAAUGUUAUACAGUUAAAUCGCAUAAUAGCUUUUAUUAUGUUCAAUUUACAACAACGAAUAUUGUAUCAAUACAUAUAGAUACAUUGGAA